AUGGUGAAGAUUCUGAGCCCCAGGAGGCUGUUCAGGAGCCGGUCCAGGAGCACCACCAUCAGCGGCGGCAGCGUGGACAUCUGCGCCAUGGUCGCCGAGCACGAGAAGAUCGAGUGGGAGGUGCGGCCCGGCAGGAUGCUGGUGCAGAAGCGGCGGUCGCCCGAGGACGACGCGGCGGCCGUGGAGUACAUCCUGGUGUGUCAAGAUGAUGUUGGACAAUUCAGAAGUUUGAUUAUUGGGCUGGGGUGUUACUGUGCUGGUGGCCUGGUGGGUGUGCCACACAAGGAUGCUGAAUUCAAGACUCACCCAAUGAACUUGCUGAACGAGAGGGCCCUGAAGGGAACCUUCUUCGACAACUACAGACCACACACUGACUUGUGCAAUGUCAUUGAGCUGUACAUGAAAAAGCCUUCGAAGAUACAGCAAGAGAUGGUACAAUCCCUUGAAGAACUCAUCACGAAGUUUCACAAGUUAUCCACUCAAUUUGAAGGAUUCCAGGAGAUGAUGCAGGAAUCCCUCGACAUGUGGAGCGGGAUGGAGGCCUGGAGAUUGACUGCGGACGAGUCAUUCGGAGUUUUGCUCGAGAAGACGACGAGCGUGACGGAGCGGAUCGAUUCUGCGAUGACGCGAAUCACGCGAUUGGAGCAGCAUCUGUCGCCCCCUCUGCUACCGCUACCGCACCCGCACGCGCCUCCUCUGCCUCAUCCGACGGGGUUCGACUUGAACUCGGCGCCCCACCCGUCACCGCGCCUGUCCGCGGUGGACGACAAUCUGCCCAGCGGGCACCACCAGCCUCAAGAUCACCGGGUGCUUGGCGGAGCUAGUGAAAUUAGUAACACAAGUUUGUGGGGCAAUUACUCUAUUCCAAAAGACAACCCGUAUACUGAUGAUAGCGAGUUAGAACCAGAAAUUUGGGCAUUGGGUCUUAGAAACCCGUGGAGAUGCAGCUUUGAUUCCGAAAGGCCUUCCUACUUCUACUGUGGAGAUGUUGGGCAGGAUGAAUACGAAGAAGUAGAUUUAAUCUCCAAAGGCGGAAACUAUGGAUGGCGUGCGCUCGAGGGUCCACUUGUUUACCAUCCACAAUGGGCACCUGGAGGAAAUACCUCUCUCAGCUCCAUAAACGCCAUUCCUCCAAUCAUGGGAUACAGUCAUUCUGAUGUCAAUAAGAAUAUUGGGUCGGCAUCAAUCAUGGGAGGUUACGUCUAUAGAGGGUCCACUGAUCCCUGCUUGUAUGGAAGGUAUUUGUAUGCCGACCUCUGCUCCAAGGACUCUCCGAUACCCUGCGACACCGCUGCUGGGAGUCCUCUCCCGUCGCUUGGCUACAUAUACUCGUUUGGUGAGGAUAACAACAAGGACAUCUAUGUGUUGGCCAGCAAAGGCGUGUACCGAGUUGUGAGGCCCAGCCUCUGCAGCUAUACUUGCCCGACAGAGAGACCUGAGACGGGCAAUGGGGCAGCGCCUCCUGGUCCUUCAUCGAAGGCGUCGAUGACAGGAUUGAACAAUCAGAUGGGAAUGCUUUUGUUGUCUGUCAUUAUAUAUGUUUUGGGUUUGUUGAUGACUUACGCGCUGAUGCCUGUGGCGUACUGGCGGUGCUUCCUCUUACAUGCGCAUGCUGUCAAUGCCAGGCUAUGUGUACAUAAUAUACUUAAUUAA